GAACGGGGGAGUCGGGACCUCCCGGCCGCCGGGUGGCGCUCGUCUGAGAGGAUCGGCGCAGAGGAACUUUGUUUUUAACAAACACUUCCGGGAAAGUGACAAGCGAGUCGAGCAAGAGCUCUGACCAGGUGCCGGGAGCCGACCAGCAGCCAUGAACGAAGCGGGGGCACCAGCCCUCCCCGACCUGUGGAGUCGGGCUGCCCUCGCCCUGACCGACGCCUCCUCCGAAAAGCUGGGUCCCGUCCUGCAAGAACUGACCCAGGUGGACCUGCCCCUUGCGGACAAGUACCGGGAGGUGGACGUGCUCUCCGUGCUGCGGGACAACGCGUCUCAGCAGGGUCUGACUGCCAUUGCAACGGCCUUCAACAUCCUGGAAAAGUAUGGCCGAAACUUACUGUCCUUGAACAAGCCAAAAUUCUGGAGAGCCGUGAAAUUCAACAACCCUGUGUUUAAAACAACUGUGGAUGCUGUCAAGGGUGGCCGGGACAUCCUGCAUCUGUACGGAUACACAGUGGAGCUGCGGGACGGGAUGAGUUUUCCGGAGGACGUGGCCGAGCCCGAUCGCCGCAAGGUUGCCGCGGUGACUGUGGAGGUGGCCUUGUUGCAGUUCGAGCUGGACCUCCUGCGCAAGGGAACACACCCCCACCCAGAACUCUUCAGCCAGCUUCUGUCCACCGGGACCCAGAGGCCGGAAGCGACGCCUCUGACCCCCGGCGUUCAGGAUCCCCGUCCGGUGGCGGACAGUCCAGUCACACCCACGUGGGCCGUCGGUGCCACCCCCAGCGCUGACGGGAUGCACUCGGGAGGAGGGGCAUGGACCCCACUGCAGGAGGAGUGCGCCGCAAAAGGGGGCGAACUGCCCUUCCCAGCCCCCGCCCGGACGUCCUGUGCGGUCUGCAGUGCCGAGCUGGUGAGCUCCCUCUGUCAGGACUGCCGCCUCCUCUUCUGCCGAGACUGCGGGGACCUGUACCACCGGCAUCCGGCCCGGGUCCAGCACCGCCGCUCCUCCAUCCCCAGGGAGGUGCAGAACGGUGAGGUGGUGAGCCCGGGCAGGGAGCCUGAGAGCAGGGCCGCCCCGAGCCAGACUUUGGCCUGGUCCUGCCCCGGCUGCCAGCUGUCCAACCCAGGCCAGGGGCUGGUGUGCAGGGGCUGUCAGCUGCCCCGUGCCGGCCGGGAGCCGCCCCCACCGUCCCGGGCCCGCCUGGAGCUGCCAGGCCUGUACCUGCCUGAAUGAGGCCUCCUCUGUCCUUUGCAGUGCCUGCGACAGGCCCCGGCUGGCGGGCAGGCCCAGCUUCACACCGCGACCCCUGGCGUCCUCCCAUCACACCUGCAACGGGCCCCCCUCCAACACUCCAGACAGGCAAACGGGUAAGCGCCUCUCCUCGGCCUCAGGG